AUGCCGUGGAGGUGGUGGUGGUGUUUAGAGGUGGUGCACGUCAUGCACUACCUCUUACCUGUUUAUUUAGCUUUUUCUGUGCAACUAUUGUACCUGCAAUGUUCAUUCAUAACAGCAUCUGAUGUAUCGCUUGAUAUCGGAUCCGGUGCCGCUUCACAGCUUAUUCGUGAAGGAGCUCAUCAACUACUUAGCUCCCCACGUUCACUUUAUUUAUCAUUUCGGACGCAUCGAAAACCCCUUCUGUUACCUCUUGCCUAUAUUAAAACUUACAAUCGAAUUUCAUAUUCAAAUGUUACCGUAAAAUUUUAUCCCGAUACGAUACGCUUAAAAGCAAGCAGUGUUCGGAUAAACUCCAAGUCGAACAUUACUCCAAAUAUUUGGCCAGUCAGCCUUGGAGAUGAAACUAUCGAUCUUGCCGUUUAUGUGGGUGAUGUUGAGUUAGCCGUACGAAUCGAGGAGAAAAAUGCUCGAAUGUUAUCAUGUUCUCUGCGUGAUACAACUGUUAAUGCUACAUCUAGCAAUUACUGGAUGGUAGGCACGUUGUUACAUAUGGCAACAAAUCCGAUUCGAUCACAUCUUCAGCAGCUCAUUUGUCCAUCUCUCUCGAACUACAUCUCAAAUAUCGAAAAUCCUGUUAUUAUGAACGUGUCAUUAAAUGAGAUCCUGCCAGCUCAUAUUCGCGACAUUAUCAAUGCCGACAUUAUCAAUACCGCAGAUUCCUCCUUAUUCUAUCGUUUAACAUCAAUAACAGUAGAAGAGAAGCAUAUUUUGAUAGGAACACAAAUCAAAUGGAAGCGUCCGUUUGAAAACGAUGGAGUUUCAUACGCAAAUGUAAGUGUGAAAUGGAACAACGAGGAUCGGAUAAUAAUCUGGAUCGAUGAUACUGCCCUCAAUGACUUCCUAAAUCAGAUUGACUGGAAUUUCCAGUGGAUGGAGGAAACGAUUGCGGUAACAAGUCCUGUGAUACCUCUUUCUUCUCGAGAAUUUCUUUCAACUCUUUGCACCUCUUGCUACUUCUUGCUGAAUGUUUGGGCUAAUGGAUCACCUAUUUUGACAGCUACAAACGGUACUGUUGUCUUGGAGAAACGUGAUAGGCUCAAUUUGCGUGUCGUGAAUCCAGAUAAAAACGUCACAUCUGUGUUUGUUUCCAUGUUUCUAUCUGUCACAGCCGAACUACGGCCCGUUAUUGAUUCGGGCACCUUGCGGACAUUAGUACAAUUGCUUGACACAAAUGUGGUAAUGGAAAAUGGUGCCUUUCCUCCUUCUUGGUCAUUUUUUGUUCAGGACCUAAUAAAAGGAAUGAUAACCGAAAUGAUGUGGCCAGAGAUGCGGAAGCAAAUCGAGGAACUUACAUACAGUGAGGGCAUUCGUUUAGCGACAUCAUGUGGUAUCGACCCACAGAAUACGGAAAUUUUAAUCGAUGAAGGACGUUUAGGCUUCUCUACGACACUUAAUUUACAGAGUCUACAGCCUCAACAGUGCCUCAAAGAUCUCAAAAGUGCUUUACCAAAUACUGCUAAAUUGUUUCCUAAAUAAAGUUAACUAUGAUAUCACUCACUUAAUUGUUCAUUGCAACUAUAAUUAUGCAAAAUUCUUUCCUUCCUCAUCACACAGUUUUGCAGUUCAUAAUUCGAUGCAUUGGUCUGAAACUUUUAUGCAUUAGACAGAAUGAGUUCGUGGUUUUCGACAAAGAAAAAAGCAAUGACUUCAAAUGUUUUGCUUAAUCAUAUUGUCAUCAUUCUUGCUCUGUUAGUAUCAUCCUGCUUGUUAGCCAAA